ACCCAAAAGGCAUUGGCAUCUUUUGUCCCCAAAAACCGAUUUAUUUGUUUUUUUUUUCGGUCUAGCGGUUUCGAUCAAACCGGUCCACCGGCUCUCGCACGAAAUGGACCGAUCCGAUGAACGGGGCCCCACAAUAAUCUCGGACCGUGUGGCCGUCAACGGGACGGUAACACCACUAGCUCUGCUCAGCGACGGGAGGCUUUGGUGGCCGGAGGGAAGUCAACGGAGUUUGACCAUCGAAAAAGAGGUCAUAGGGUUCGUCGCCGACGGUCCUAACAUCAGGCUCAAAACCGUCGUGGAGACCAGAGAUGGCUGCUGCGCUUGUGGUAGCAGAGGAAGAUUGGUCAGAAACGACGUCGUGUUUCGGCCCUCGUCGGAGGAAUCGCAUAGGCUCUGGUGCCAGAAGCUUCGCGAAAUCAUCGAUUCUCUUGGACGCCCUAAGAGGCUUUUUGUCUUUUUUAAUCCAUUUGGGGGAAGGAAAGCUGCUACAAAUAUUUUUCGUGACCAAGUAAAACCUCUUCUUGAAGAUGCGCAAUUGCAACUUACAGUCCAAGAAACCGAACAUCAGCUCCAUGCAAAGCAAGUUGUUCAGUCCCUUGAUAUUUCCAAGUACGAUGGGAUUGUUUGUGUUAGUGGAGAUGGGAUUUUGGUUGAGGUUGUAAAUGGACUGCUUCAAAGGGACGACUGGGAUACUGCAAUAAAGAUGCCCCUUGGAGUUGUUCCUGCAGGUACGGGAAAUGGCAUGGCAAAGUCUCUUCUUGAUUCAGUUGGUGAUCCUUGUGCAGUAGCUAAUGCUGUUCUAGCCAUCAUACGAGGUCAUAAGCGAUCACUUGAUGUGGCCACUAUCAUGCAAGGGGAAACCAGAUUUUUCAGUAUAUUGAUGCUUGCAUGGGGUCUGAUGGCCGAUAUUGACAUCGAGUCUGAAAAGUAUCGGUGGAUGGGAAGUGCUCGCAUCGAUUUUUAUGCUCUCAUUCGAAUCUUCCAUUUGAGGCAUUACACUGGAUGCGUUUAUUUUGUGCCUGCACCUGGGUUUGAAGCUUACGGGGAGUCCACUAGUUACCCUGGCAAAGUCAACAACAGUGAUUCAAUUGAUGUGGAACCUGUGAAGUCACAAACGCUCGGUUGUCAGGGACCUGAAAUUAACGUGGAGAAGCUGAAUUGGAGAGUUGUAAAUGGACCUUUUAUUUCUGUCUGGCUUCACAAUGUGCCUUGGGGUGCUGAAAACACUAUGGCAGCACCGGAUGCUAAGUUCUCAGAUGGUUAUCUGGACUUGAUCAUUGUGAAGAAUUGCCCAAAAUUACCGUUGCUGUCAGUUCUGUCAGAGGUGAAUAAUGGAGGUCAUGUAAAAUCGCCAUAUGUCAUGUACCUAAAGGUGAAAGCUUUCAUCUUGGAACCUGGCCCACGCUUGGAAGACCAAGAGAAGGAAGGGAUCAUAGAUGCAGAUGGUGAGGUUCUGGCAAGGGGGAAAGGAUCGUACCAGUGUGAGCAGAAGGCUUUGAUGGCCUAUGAUAAACUUCAAAUAACAGUGGAUCAAGGUUUAGCUACUAUUUUCACCCCUAUAUAAAACUCUUGACUUUUAUACCCAAAAAAAAAAAAAAGGGAUGAAAAAACUCUUGGUUUAACGAUUUUCCUAGGUCCAUUCUCUUCCAACAUUCCAUGCCUUUAGUCUGCAGUUGCACACACGUAGAUAAAUAAUUGAACCUUCCACAGUUUAACGAGUUAUUUAUAUUGUACACUGUACAACACAUGACAAAGGAAUCAUAUUAGUUUGAAACCAAACAAAGUGGACAUAGUUGGCUAAGGGUUUAGUCCAUACCCCACAAGAGUACGAGUUCAAACCCUGCUAACCGAUGUGAAGACUUUGUUGGUGAGUAAUAUAUAAUCUAUCCUAGAAAUUCUCAGAGGUUGGGGGGUCUUUCUUGACUCUAGUUGGAU